AUGGACCCCUGCCACAGCAAACACCACAUCGAUUCCAGAAUUAGCCCGGUGAUAAGUGCCAUCAUGUUUGCCGCGGGCCUCCUGGGCAAUGUGGCCGCCCUUGUGAUCCUGGAGAUCCGACGCCGGCGAGAACUGAAGGUCGCGGACUGCCGAGGACGAGCACUUUUCCAGAUCCUCAUUACUUCGCUAGUCGUCACCGACUUGGGUGGAACGUGCUUGGUCAGUCCACUUGUGCAGGUGUCGUACUCGCGGAACAUCACGUUGGAGGGAAUGUCACCGAAAACCCAUGGAGUGUGCGCUUACUUUGGAUUCAGCAUGACUUUCUUCAGCUUGGCCACCAUGUCACUUCUCCUAACGAUGGCUCUAGAGAGGUGUUUGUCUAUCGGCUACCCCUACCUCUACACUCGGCACGUCACCCCAAAAUUGGCCUACAUUGCAAUUCCAGUGGUAUUUUUAGUCUGUAUUUUAUUCUGUCUCCUCCCCUUUGUGGGAUUUGGGAAAUAUGUACAAUAUUGCCCAGGCACAUGGUGCUUCAUUGACAUGAACCCAGAGCAGAGGAAAGACCGUGUCUACGCCAACUUGUAUGCCACUGUCAUGUUAGUACUGGUGCUGACCAUAGUGGCAUGCAACGCCUUUGUGAUCUACCAUUUGCUGCGCAUGUACCAGCGCCGGAAAAGGAACGGAGGCUCCUUUAUAGCGAGUAAACGUUCCAACAGCGAUCGGAGGCCAUUGUCUAUAGCAGAGGAGGUGGAGCAUCUCAUCCUACUAGUCUUCAUGACGACCAUCUUCAUCAUCUGCACGUUGCCACUUGUGGUUCGUGUGUACAUGAAUUCGGUGGUUGGUGACCGCUUUGAAUCACACCUCAAGGACCUGAUCGCCCUUCGUUUCAUCUCAGUCAACUCCAUCAUCGACCCCUGGGUCUUCAUCAUCCUUUCUCCUGGUGUGCUGCACUUUUGCCUGGCCUCUAUCUGCAGAUCCCGCUCAAGAACAUUGAAAACGUCUGUGCUUAACCCGACAAAGACCGAAGAGGUUCAGACCUCUGUAGAGCUGCCGUGCACGGAACCGGAACACAGAGGGUCUCUUCCGCCUCCAGAAAAUGUAUGA